AUGGCGACGUUAUUGAAAAAUGUCACUAAUUGCAUUUGGCACGCUUUCGACUCCUUGCAGAAUAACGCUGUUGUGCACAAAUCUAAGCUAAAGGUUCUCACAGCCAAUCUCGGCACUCUACUCGACCUUUAUGGCGUAGAAAAGGGUCUAGACCACUUCAGGUCUUCGCAAGAACUGAGCUUCGACGAGUUCCGUUACUACCUUCAACAUGAGGUGUUCAGCUCCCUCCCUAAAGCUGUUACCUUGCACAUAAUCAGAGAUUACGAGAAGAAAAUCAAUGAGGUGUGCUGGCUGGUGUGUCGGAAGAACUUAGUCGCUCGAGACAAACCGGUAUUCAGCGAUGAUUCAGUCUUCAAAUUAUUCAGGAUCUUUUGCCUCCUAGCAGAUUUAGUGCAAGAUGCUGAAGACUCUAAACAUUAUGUGGUCGUACUCCAACCAUCAGAAGCUGGUAUAGUAGCAGAACAGCUGGUUCACUGUUUGGGGCUCCGAUGGGACGCGGCCGAUUGGGAAGCCCUGGGUUCAUCCAUCGGCCACUUUAAGUGGGCAGCAUUUUUAGCAGUUCUCGAAGCCAAAUAUUGUUGCGAUCAGCAAAUUCACUCUAAGGCAUUAGUGGAGGCUGUAGAUGAAGUAUACGACGUAUUCAUUGAAGAUAUUAUUAAAAAAGGUUACCUAUUCAAAAAGGGCUAUUUACUUCCGACGAUGCGCGAAUAUUGGUGCGUGCUCCAGCCAUGCGCACUGACUUACUACAAGAGUUCCUCCCAGAAGGAGCAGUGCGGUAGAAUUGCUAUCGACGAGUACUGUUCUGUCGAAGCGGCCGCUGGGGAGGGCAAGUUGCAGCGCUUUCAGCUCAUCACGCCAGAUAGAACCUUCGAAUUCGGCACGCAGGAUCACAAGAGUCGCCUACAAUGGAUAUCGGCGUUACGUCAAGCGGCGCUGGUCUCAGGCGGCGCGGAAGGGUACCAGCGGAGGGCGCGCGCGGGGAGGCGCGGGGCGGGGGCGCGACGGGAGCGGGAGGUGCGCGAGACCAAGGCUCGGCUACAACACGAGGUGCGCGCCAGGCUGGCGGCCGAGGCGCAAGCACAGGAAUUAGCAGAAAUGGCUGAGCAAGAUAAUAAAAAGUUAGAAGAACUCAAAAACACACAAGUAGAAUUAGAAAAACUACUCCAAGAAGAAACUCAAGCUAAAAGGGAUGAAGAAAUUGUAAGAGCUCUGCAGGCAAGGGUUUUAGCAGAGGAAUGGGAAAGACGGGAAGAACUUGAAAGACUGCAAGAAGAACAAAAUAGGAUGUUAGAAGAGGAACGGUUGAAACGAAAACAGUUUGAAAUAUUGCAAGCUGAAAAGGAAACGCAGUUUAGAGAAGCCCAAAAGCGCCUAAGGGAGCUAGAACAAGAAAAACAGAGAUUGGACGAAGAGUUAAAGGCUGCGCAAGAGAAAAUCACUAAAACAGAAGUAACGGCACAAGCUUUACAUGUACAACUAAGGGACAUGGCCCCGGGAUUGAGAAACGGUGAGAGAGCAAGGCGUGCUAUCUCUUUCGUGCCAACUACGAAGAGCUCGUCGGACACACUCAUCGAUGUCAGAGCAAUCAGACACCUAAAAAUUUUAGACGACGAUGAGAAAAUAUGAAAUAUCAACAAACAUAUUGAAAGGAAGCCAAGAUUUGAUUUCGAUGUGAAAGAAGAAUAAGACUCUAAUAACUGUUGUCACCUUUCACUUCUAGUCUUAAUAUCUCAAUAUAUAAGUCGAGAU